UUGCUCCAACUUGUGUCAGUCCGUCCCCAGCCACAGAGAGGAUAAUUGACAGCACUGGAUUGACUACCCCUGCCAGCGCGUCCUCUCGGAUACGCCGUGAAUCUGCAGGCAGGCACCCGGAUGUGGCGAAAAUGUUUGGCGCUCCUCUCAGGGUCUGCGCUCGGAAAACAUUUUAUGAUUCAGGUUAAAGGCUCUGUUCAGGUUUCGCGCCUUCGACACCUUCGGACGGUUUUUCCAACGAUGAGUUGGAUUUAAAACGGAUCUUUUCGAUGUGGAUUCGAGGAUGCAAGAAGCAGAUGAACAGUCUGAAGGGGCACAGUAUGCCAGCAACAGAAGGACCACUUCCCCAACUGACACCUCAGCUCCCUGGUCAGAAAGAAACACCCAUCUGCACCAGCUCCAUCCAUCACAGUCCCUUCAUCCUCCAGCUAGCACCGGCAAGCCCGUCGGCUCCGCUCAUGGCCUCCUCGGGCCCAACAACUCCAUUCAGGGUCCCGGUGGAGCUGCACCCGGAGUCAGCCCGGUCCUCGCUUGGCAUGCCGCCAUUAGCGCAGCCCGGCAAGCGCAGGGCGAUCCUGAAAAGCCCAACAUAAGUUCACGUCCCCCAGUUUGUACCACUUCUGCGCCAGCUCCUGUGGGCUCACUGGCACAGAAGAAGAGGCAGCAGUAUGCCAAAAGCAAAAAGCAGGGAGGAUCCACCAGCGGCAGACCGCCCAGAGCCCUUUUCUGCCUCACCCUCAACAAUCCGAUCCGCAGAGCCUGCAUCAGUCUGGUGGAGUGGAAGUAUCUUUUAGCUCAGGGACCAGCAGGCGUCUGGGUGUCUCAGUGCAUUUGGUGUCUUUGUGUGGAUGGAUUGUGUCACAGAGCAGCGAGUGAAUGA